CCGCGAGGGGCGGGGCGCAGGCGGAGGGGUCGCUGCCGUCCCCGCGCGCCCCUCCGCGCCCCCUCCCCCCUCCCGCCGGCGGCGCUCGCGACCCGGCCCGGCCCGGCCCGGCGCCCACCCCCCGAGACUCGGGCCGCGCCGCGAAGAAGCGGGAAGGAGGCGGCUGCCCGAUUUGUUUGUAAAUGCAUCAUAAACAGACAGCCCAGAAUGAAGAAAGCAAGCAGGAGUGUUGGCUCAGUGCCCAAAGUGCCUGGAGUAAAUAAAACUCAAACAACCGAAAAAGCCAAACCAGAAAACGGCUCCUCAGUGUCUGCAGUAACAAAACUCUCCAAAACUGGGACAUCAGCAUCUCUUUUGAAGACUAAGAGUAAUGAUGACCUCUUAGCGGGGAUGGCCGGUGGUGGUGGAGUGACAAUGACCAAUGGUGUCAAGGCAAAGAAGAGCACUUGUGUCUCAACAGCAUCUUCAGCAUCAGGGACAACCAUGAACAGUCUGGAAAAUAAACCCAAAACUAUUGCAGGUACAAGUUCCACAACUAAGCGUAGCACUUCAUCUGGAAAUAAAGAGUCAAGCUCUUCUAGAGAAAGGAUACGCGAUCGUUCUCGUUUAAGCCAGAGCAAAAAGCUGCCUUUGACUGGACAGGGGACCAAUGAUACGGUACUGGCAAAACGCUCCCGUAGUCGCACCAAUCCAGAAUCAGAUAUUCGAAUGAGCAAGUCCAAAUCAGACAAUCAAAUCAGUGACAAAGCUGCACUGGAAGCAAAGGUGAACGAUCUUUUGACAUUGGCAAAAACUAAAGAUGUAGAAAUCUUGCAUCUGAGGAAUGAACUAAGGGACAUGCGUGCUCAGCUGGGACUUAAUGAAGAUCAACUUGAAGGUGAUGAAAAAUCUGAAGAAAAAGAGGCCAUUGUUGUACAUCAGCCAACUGAUGUAGAGUCUACGUUGCUACAGUUACAGGAACAAAACACUGCCAUUCGAGAAGAGCUCAACCAGCUGAAGAAUGAGAAUCGAAUGUUAAAAGACAGACUAAAUGCAUUAGGCUUUUCUUUGGAACAAAGGCUGGACAACUCUGAAAAACUCUUCGGCUAUCAGUCUUUGAGUCCAGAGAUUACAGCUGGCAACCAUAGUGAUGGUGGUGGUACUUUGACAUCUUCAGUGGAAGGUUCUGCUCCUGGAUCAAUGGAAGACUUGUUAAGUCAGGAUGAAAACACUUUGAUGGACAACCAACAUAGUAAUUCCAUGGAUAAUUUAGACAGUGAGUGCAGUGAAGUUUAUCAGCCACUAACAUCAAGCGAUGAUGCCUUAGAUGCGCCAUCAUCUUCAGAGUCUGAAGGCGUACCAAGUAUAGAAAGAUCUAGGAAGGGAAGCAGUGGCAAUGCAAGUGAAGUGUCUGUAGCUUGUUUGACAGAACGAAUACAUCAGAUGGAAGAGAAUCAACACAGUACAGCUGAAGAGCUCCAAGCCACACUUCAAGAGCUUGCAGAUUUGCAACAAAUAACACAAGAGCUAAACAGUGAGAAUGAAAGACUUGGAGAGGAGAAAGUAAUCCUUAUGGAAUCUUUGUGCCAGCAAAGUGACAAGUUAGAACACUUCAGCCGUCAGAUUGAGUAUUUUCGGUCCCUUUUAGAUGAACACCAUAUCUCAUAUGUAAUUGAUGAAGACAUGAAAAGUGGUCGCUACAUGGAGUUAGAGCAACGGUAUAUGGACCUUGCAGAGAAUGCUCGGUUUGAGCGAGAGCAGCUGUUAGGUGUUCAGCAGCACUUGAGCAACACUUUGAAGAUGGCAGAACAAGACAACAAGGAGGCCCAAGAAAUGAUAGGGGCAUUAAAAGAACGAAAUCACCACAUGGAACGGAUUAUUGAGUCAGAGCAGAAAAGCAAAACAGCGAUAGCAUCUACCUUAGAGGAGUACAAGGCCACAGUAGCCAGUGACCAGAUUGAGAUGAACAGGCUGAAAGCUCAGUUAGAGCAUGAAAAGCAGAAGGUGGCUGAGUUGUAUUCUAUACACAACUCUGGAGAUAAAUCAGACAUACAAGAUUUGCUGGAGAGUGUCAGGCUGGAUAAAGAAAAAGCAGAGACAUUGGCCAGUAGUCUGCAAGAAGAGCUGGCACACACUCGCAAUGAUGCCAAUCGAUUGCAAGAUGCCAUUGCUAAGGUUGAAGAUGAAUACAGAGUGUUUCAAGAAGAAGCCAAGAAACAAAUUGAGGAUCUCAAUGUGACUCUAGAAAAACUUCGGACAGAACUAGAUGAGAAAGAGACCGAGAGAAGUGACAUGAAAGAAACUAUCUUUGAGUUGGAGGAUGAAGUAGAGCAGCAUCGUGCUGUGAAGCUUCAUGACAAUCUCAUCAUAUCAGAUUUGGAGAAUACAGUUAAAAAACUUCAGGACCAAAAGCAUGACAUGGAAAGAGAGAUAAAGAAUCUUCACAGGAGGCUUCGGGAGGAGUCAGCAGAAUGGCGUCAGUUCCAGGCUGAUCUACAGACUGCAGUGGUUAUAGCAAAUGAUAUAAAGUCUGAAGCCCAGGAAGAGAUAGGAGACCUGAAGCGUAGAUUACAUGAAGCUCAGGAGAAAAAUGAGAAGCUCACUAAAGAGUUGGAGGAAAUAAAGUCACGCAAGCAGGAAGAGGAACGUGGUCGAGUGUACAAUUACAUGAAUGCUGUAGAGAGAGAUUUGGCAGCUCUGAGACAAGGAAUGGGCCUGAGCCGCAGAUCGUCCACCUCCUCAGAGCCAACUCCUACUGUAAAAACACUCAUCAAGUCUUUUGACAGUGCUUCCCAAGUUCCAAGCCCUGCUGCUGCCACAAUUCCUCGCACUCCCCUGAGCCCAAGUCCCAUGAAAACUCCCCCAGCUGCUGCUGUGUCACCUAUGCAGAGGCAUUCUAUAAGUGGACCAAUCUCAGCUUCAAAACCCCUUGCUACACUGACAGACAAAAGACCAAGCUAUGCUGAAAUCCCUGUUCAAGAACAUUUGUUGAGAACAUCUUCUACCAGCAGGCCAGCAUCUUUGCCAAGAGUACCUGCUAUGGAAAGUGCCAAAUCUAUUUCUGUCUCUCGAAGAAGUAGUGAAGAAAUCAAGCGGGAUAUCAGUGCACCUGAUGGAUCAUCUCCAGCAUCUCUCAUGGCAAUGGGUACCACCUCACCACAGCUGUCACUCUCAUCUUCUCCUACGGCAUCAGUCACCCCUACAACCAGAAGUCGAAUAAGGGAAGAGAGGAAAGAUCCCUUGUCUGCCCUAGCAAGAGAAUAUGGAGGAUCCAAGAGAAAUGCCUUGCUGAAGUGGUGCCAGAAAAAAACCGAAGGAUAUCAGAAUAUCGACAUAACAAACUUCAGCAGUAGCUGGAAUGAUGGCUUAGCUUUCUGUGCAGUCCUCCAUACUUACCUCCCAGCCCAUAUUCCCUAUCAAGAACUAAACAGCCAGGACAAGAGAAGAAAUUUCACUUUGGCUUUUCAGGCAGCUGAAAGUGUUGGCAUUAAAUCUACUCUGGACAUCAAUGAAAUGGUGCGAACUGAGCGUCCAGACUGGCAGAAUGUCAUGCUGUAUGUUACAGCAAUUUACAAAUACUUUGAAACCUGAAAUCAUAAUAAUUCAGCAGAAUCCUGGGAUAGAACCAACAUGAGCUACCAGAUGGAAAUCUUGCUGAAAUGCUAAUCCCCAUUUCACUGAAAACUGGCAACAUUUGAGUCCCCUCAAACUUCAGUGACACUAUCCUGGAUCGCCUCAGAUUGCUUCAGCUACUAAGCCUGGAAACAACUGUUUAAAAGCAAGAACUUGUUGACACAGUGCUUGGAAUAAAACAAGUCAUUAAGCUAUUCAGAUUAAUUAUGUAGCCUAAAGAGCCUGGACUAAUGUGCUGCCAUUUCCAGCCAGGCUUCCUGAAGCUUUCUUUUCUAUGAGUGUGUGAUGAAUGGAUCCUCUAGCAUAUAGGAGACUGAAUGUACAGAUAAAGCUUUAAGAAGGAAAAGGAUAACAUGGCAUCAUAUUACUGAACUUUCUGUAGCACCCUGAUACCACAGAGUCUGAAUAUUCUACUCACAGCAUACAGCACCCUGAUAUACUAGAGUUCUUAAUGGCAAUUUAGUUACUGCCUUUACAGCUAUUUUCCCAUCUUUAAAAUGUGCACAAUAUUCUAGGAAAACAAGCUUUUAUUCCAUAAUGACAAAUUGAGUGGAAAAGUGCUCUCAAUACCUCGAAAAAUUUGGCACAGAAGAACUCUUCAUUUUAAAGCUUCAUUAUCAGCCUACCUCUGUCACAGUGAUGUGGCUUCCAACUUUAUCUUACAGAUUGUAAAGACUAGCACAUACAGCUCCUGGUUUUCAGGGUAUGCUAUACUUCAAGGAAUCUGUCCGAACUCCCUGUGCUUCCAUUAUAACAGAAAUGAAUCAAUAAUCAACCCCUGUUUGGCUUGUUCUUUCCUCUCUUCCUUCUUUGCCUGUAUAGCACAUACAGCUUCCCCAGGCUUUACAGCAAUACAAGCAUACAUCAUGGAUUUCUGUGGUAGAAUUUUGGAACUGGGAUAGCAUUUCCUCUGCAGAGAAGAUAUUUUCAAUACGAUGUAAUAAUGUAGUAGUUUGUCUCAAAAUCCAGCUUUGCCAUGUUUUCUGUGUGUUUUUCAUUGAUCUUGCACAUCCUCAUCUGACUGACAGAAGGUGAGGCGUUCUCUGACAAGAACUGUGGAGGAACUGAUGUAAUGUGUAUACACCCAGUAGUCUCGAAUAUUGCGUGGAAAUGACUCACUGUCACAAGGAAGGAAUUGAGAAACUUUAGUCUGCUCAGCUUCUAUUGUCCUAAAAUGUACCUGAAUUCUUGUAACAGCUCUUGGUCAAAAGAGUUCAAGUAAGUGCCUUAGCGAUCAUUGAAUUGAUACAUCCUGGCACUUGUGCAGAAUGUUAAUGGCUCAGAACAAUCUCAUAUAUCCAUUUGUCAUAAGCUGUUUGUUGUAAUCUUGUUUGUCACAUCAAGGGAAGACUUCACUCUGUCAUUGCUUCUGCCUCUUUUUUUUCUGAAUACUUAUCAGCAGUUAAGCCACAGUUGAACAUCUCACAUUAAUAUUAAGCAGAAGUCUACUUAGAAGUGAGUUCUGUAACAACUGCUAUUUAUAAGCACAUGCUCUUUGAACACAGUAACCCUGUUAUAAAGAAAAUGAAUCUGCCAUUCCUAUGGUGCUCUUAUGACUGUUAAGGACAGUUUGAAUGUCAUAAAUGUUAACCCAGUGAAUGCAACCGUGCUUGGCAUCUGUGAAACUUCAUCAUGGUAUAAAAGCACAGAUUUAACUCAAAAUUAUUGCCAAAUCCAAAAACCUAUCAUCUGGAAAACAUAGCCCAUGUUGAAGAGUAAUAAUUCAGCAUACCUGUAGCAGCUAGCAUUGUAUAAAAAUAUACUCUUACAUUGAUAUGUGCCUAUGAGAAUUACAAAAUUUUGCAAAAUAACUACUUAAUCCAUGCUGAGAGCCUUUGGAGAAGUUUUCAGAGCAGCAGUGUCUCACACAUUCUUACAGUUCUUUAUAAUCCUGAAAGUAGCUAGAUACCCUCAGAUUAUUAACUGGUGCAUUUGAAGAGCCAACGUGAUCUAAAGACAGUUGUUGCAAGAGAGGUUUCAAGUGAAAAAUCUUCCUUAACAGAUUUUAAUAAAAAUCUGAAAUACAAUUUCCUCUCUUGUAUAUUCCUUCAGAAAUUUUUGUUUCCUUAAUUUCUUCAAACAAAUUUCAAUAAUAGUCGUAGUGGAAAUACAUAUUAUUGCUGUCUCACAUUCCAUCUCCUACUAAAUUCCAGGUUUUUCCAAUUUCUGCUUAAAAUAACCUAGUCAUCCUCUGAAUAGACACCCUUACCUAUGAUUGUCUUAUUGCCUUAGAUUUUAAGAAAAUACUUUUCUAAUGAAAAGAAUAGUAUUUGUUGGUCUAAAUUCACUCAUGACCUGUUUUGGUACAGUAAUUUGAACUUUAAGAAGUUUAAGCUGAUUUUUUUUUCUGUCCAUUGGUCAACCUCGUUUACUGGGAAUGUUGUAUUAGUCCUUAACUAAAAUAACACUAAUGAUAUAACCAUUCGAAAAAGAGGAAAUCCCAUUUUCGAGAUGCUUUCUGUUAAAAAGAUGAGCUGCUUGUCUUCAUAGAGGGAGAAGGAAAAGUUAUUAGUAAUUAUAAAAAUGAUCUUGUUUUGAACUUCAGAGCUCUGCAAACUUCUUGGCGUGAUCUGCCUGAUAAACCUCUGCUGUGUUCAUAUCUGUAAAGGAAUAUUGUGCAUCAUGAAGAUUUUUUUUUUUAUAUAUAAUGAUAUAUCUGAGCAUUUACAUAUAAGAUGCUCCACAGCUGGAAGUAAUAAAGCAAUGGAAGAUCUAAACCAAACAUAAUGCCCUGCUGCACUCUACAGCAUGUUUUUUCUGAAUGUUCAAACCACAUUUAAUUUUUCAAGAGGAAGAAUAGCUGUAGCUCUUCUGGACAUGAAUGAUACUGUUCUGUUUGGUUCCUACUCAUAGUUAAUCCUGAAACAGCCUGGGUUUUUUUGUACAUAUGAAGUGCAAGUUUAUGCUGAGUUACUUUUCUUUUUAAUCCAGAAAGUAUUUGUGAAUGUACUAAAAAAAGGAAAAUAUUUUAUCAUCAAUUUAUAUUACUGCAUUUUAAUAUGUGCCUUGCAAAUGCCUGUGCUGUAGUAUAUCAGGGUUACUUAUUGCCAGCUGUAGUAGUGGGGUGGGCAACAAAAUGGAGCUGUCAAACAUACUAAUGCAGAUACAGCUACAUCAUCCUCUGGAUCCUAUUUACUGAAACACUUCCAUAGGUUAGACAGGUCAGUUCAGAGCCAGAUAAGUGCUCAGUUUGGCUAGUUGUCAUCCUGAUGCGAGAUCAUUAGCAAUGAACUGAAAGAACAGUUGUGAGGUUUUCUUUAGCAAAAGUGAAGGGAUGGGAGGGAAAAUUUAAUUUUUGUUAUUCAGGAAAAUUAUGUCAGAGAGGUUUUGACAUGGAGUAUCUAACAACAGAACUGAUGUGACUUCAGAAUGGAUUACACUUGAUUUGGUUUUCGGCUGGUUUUGUUUGAUCCAGUUUGAUUUGGUUGUCUUCUAUAUUUAAAUAGAAACACUAAUUUAUUAUCUCUGAUGUGAAUAUCUGUCCGUCACAAAGACCUCUGAAAAACUGUGAGUGAAAUUUUCCCUUUUAAAAUUUUAUUUGUGGAUAGGUUCUCCAGAAGAUAGUAUUUAAUUACAGCAUAUUCUGACUUAAAAGUAAUUUUUUGUCUCUUUUGCAUAAAAUAUAUUCAAGUUACAUGUAGCAUUUCUGGUAUUUUUUUUAUCUUCAAUUUUGUAAAAUAUUUUCACUGUGUUUUUCUGUAAAGUCUGAUAUCAUGCUUUAGGGGCCCCUUAAUUUGCCAGACCUAAAUGAACUCAGUUUUAAUGUAUUGGUAUAAACUUAUAUUAAUAUCACUUGCAGCAGUCAUACUCUGGUUUUACAUGCAUAAGGAGAAAUAAAUGUGGCUCUUGCUGUAAUAAUGCAGUACAGUGGUUUAAACUGCUGAGGAUCUACCUUAAGAAUUUUGUAGCUGUGACAAAAAAUUCUCAUUGACAUCUCAUUUCUGUUAAUGAUCUCCAUGUUAAGUUUUUAUCUUUUUUUUCAGUUCCCUGGUUCAACACUUCAGACAUUUGGAUUCUGUUCCAUCACUAAAAAUUACAUGUACUGAGUUCUCUCUAUUUCUGUACAGUUUUGGACCAGGGUGCAAAUUUGAAACAAGAUUAUUUGGAAGUUGGAGAUAUGGAGAACUUCUGGGUGGUUUUCUUACUUUCUGUGUUCUACUUGCAACUUGUUUGGGAACGCUGUCUGGUUUUCAGGUGAUAUGUGACAAUAUCUUCCAAAGCUGCCCCCUCUGAAUGUCUGGCGUGAAGCUAUGCAUAGGCUAAAGUUAAGCCUUUAAAACUGUGCUCAUGUGACUCAUAGUGACUUUACUUCUUAUUUGCCUCUUGCAACUAAUACAAUCACAGCUUAACUGCAGGCUGCAUCAAACAGGAGCUAUUAAGGAGCAGAAUUCUUCUGGGAAGGAAUCCAGUUGUACACUUUUACACUAUUUUUUGCCUAUUGUGAGUAAGACUCUUGCUGAGGUAGCCUAAGAAAGAGGAUUUUAAAAUAGUAGUGUUCAUGUACAGAUUGAUUUAACUGUAUAGUUUUUUGUGGUCCUUCCCUUGACUUGGUAAAUAUUUAUUUCUGGUUUAUUUUUAUGUUCUGCCAAGCUCUAUUUCUGCAGUUCCUUUCUUAAAGCUAGUGUUAGUGUAUGAAUACUCAGUAAUAUUAACCAGUUUGAGAAAUUAUUUGGUGAGAAGAGGUAUUAAAGUGUAGUUGUCAUCCACAAGCGCUGGACAUGCCACUGAGCUUUCCCAAGUUAGCUUGUGUUGAUUGACAAAACAUAUUAGAGCUGUGUAACUCUCCCACAACUUCCUUAUCUCCUGUAUAGCCAACAUCACCCCAGGAUCUCCAAUCAGGUGUUCUUGCCCCCAAAUUAUCAUCCAUUUAGAUGAGUUAAGGGUCCAUACACAUCUCUUAAUGUAUUUAAUUGUCUCUAUUUAGAAAGGUUUCGCUAAUAGUGUUUCUGCUUUCAAAGAAGAGUGGCUGGCUGGAUUUUAAAUUAUGAUCUGAUUUGCUGAAGAUUCCCAAUCCUUCAUUCAUCUAAGUUUCUUUUUGUUGUUGUUGUUGUAUUCCCUGAUUUUGGUAUCAGUGUUGUAGUACACUUUGUAGUUGUCAAAGCCAAGAUGUUAAGCAUCUGGAAUAUGUAGCAAGUAAGGUUUUGAUGAUGCUAAAUAACUUAAAAGAUCAAGGUUUGUACAGUUCUGAUUUCUGUUAGAGUGUUGAUAUGAGUGUCGUCUUUUCUUAUGUAUUUGCUCUUGCCAGUUUUUGGCAUGCAAUACCCUUGAACUCCGUUUGACCAGGCCACUGUCCUAGCCUCCUUAAAUUAAUUAACUCUGCCAUAAUAGAAUUAUUUCCACACACUGAAACUUCAGUAAAACCUAUGAAUACCGGAUGACUUCCUUCCAACUGAAAUUAGCUUUUACUUGGAAUUUUCCCUACCUUUAGGCCACUGUCUGCCACAGAAUUGCACAUGGAGUUCCCAUCAAUUCCAGCAGGACUUGUGGAUGCAAAAUGGUAGGGUAAACUUGAGGCAGAAUGUUAUGGCAACCUGAUGCAAUUAAGCUGGUUUCAUUUUAAUCCCCUAUUUUCAGGGGGUUUCAGUUUAGCCAAAAUCACUUACUCAGAGCUGAAAUUUGGCAUGUUUGUUUUCCGCUGGGAAAUAUGCUUCUGUUUAAUAAUAUUUUUAUGCGAUUGUAUUUAUGGAAAUGGAAAGAAAAAUGUCAUGAAGCUAGUUUUGUUGCACUUUUCUAAUGCUUUUCUAUUUUGCAUAGAGUUCUAGAAUAUGAACAAGUUGUUUGGGGAAGUCAAGGCUUAAAACCUACUCUGCCCCCAGCACAGCAAUGUAUUACGUGCAUUUUCAUUCUAGUGAUAUAUGUAUUAUUUUAAUUGCAUGUAACUAGUGUAUUUAUAUGGUAAUUAGGAAGCCCAGUGGACAUUUCCUGCUGCAGAGGAGCCAUUGGCAGUCCUGGUUCCACAGUUCAUGAACUGACCUGUUUUGACAGUAGACUGCAUUUGCAAUAAUGGAAUAGUCAAUUUUUGUUUCUGAACUCUGUUUCAGCAAAUAGAAGGAGGCUCCUUUUUUUUUUUUUUUUUUGUUCCAUUGUUGAAAUUUCUCUGGAGGCUUUUACUGGUUUCCAAUUAUUGCAUAUGUUUAAUUAGGAUGAUUACUUGGAAAUCAGUUCAGUAAGGAGGGCACAAGUACACAUAACAUACUCAAGUAAUUAAUCCUUGUAACUUACAACAUUUCAGUUUGUUAGAAACUUUUGUUUUUACGUGUAUUGUAAGGUCAAUUUCUCUAUUUUUAAGUAGCACUUUUAUACGUAUCUGAAGGGGGUUUUUUGAACUGAAAUAUUUUUUCUGUGUGUUAUCGAAUGGGAAGAAAGUAUAACACUACUAAACAAAGCAUAGACUAAUUAGCCUCCAAACUGUAAAAUCACUUUAGGUCAGUAACGAUCAAGAGUUGUUCCAUGUAUAUGAAAUACAUCAGUGAUCCCAUUUAAUAUUGGAUAACUCUCUAGACCAAAGUCAGAAGGGCAUUAAUUGGUACCCUCCAACUCUUGGAUGAGGGUACUUUCAGUUCAGGCAUGGGGCAGAAUUGACAGAACAGUGUGAUGAACUUUGGACUUCAUGAAAUAACAGAAUUUUAUUGAGGUCUUAGUCUAACUUCACAGCACUGUAUUGGAUAAGGACUAACCUUGUUUGAGAUGACACUGUAGCCAGUAAUAUUUUCUAAAUAGCUAUUUUAAAGCUCAUUUUCUGUGGCCUUUAAAGAUGAUGUAAAAAACAGUGAUUCUUGAAAACUCUUCUCAUCCAUCCAGCUUUUCUGAUUUGUAUUGUUUUAUACUCCCUUGAAACACAACCGUUAGACUGACCCAACAGUACAUGUGUGGGUUUAGUAAUUCUUGAUCUAGACAACAAGCACUUUUCUUUCUUCCAGAACCCUUUCAAAUGGUUUACACACACACGUUGACAUAUAUGGACAUCUUACAUAUAUAGAGAGGUUUUGCAUAAAUGUAUAUAUGCACAUAUAUAUACACACACAUAUACAUACAUGUGUGUAUACAUAUAUGUACAUCUGCAGGUUCUUAACAAAACUAAGCAUUUUUCAAGUAGUGGUUGCGUCUUGAAUACUUAGGGUGGUGUAUGAGUGUAUAUAUUUAAAAGGUAAGGACGAAAAAUUUUGUUUGCUUCUGGUUAGAGCUGAGAAAUACAGGGUUGAGGAAAAUUUGGAAGUAUGAUCAAAUUUUAUUUCACCGUUUCUGGUUUGAAAGGCACAAGCUGUUAAUCGUCGGAACUUAAAAGGUCGGCAAGUGUAUUUUAAGCUAAACCUUUUGGAGGACCAAUAUGCUUUUAGUUUGCAAGGACCACUAAAGAUCUGGGCAUUUACUUUCUCCAUAAUGUAUUCUGUAUGAGUAUUUAGUAUGUAUGCCUUCAAUUUGCCAAUGUUGCCAUGUUUUCUUCUUAAUUAUUCAUGAAAUAAAGAUUGCAAAUAGAAAA